AAGUAGCUCAAAUGAUAUUGGUAAUAUUCAGGGAAUCAAUAUUCUUAAAGCCCAUGGUAAAAGUGCCCGAGAUAGCUACUUACUGAAGGGGUAUGCUCUCAACACGGGACGUGCUGCACAGGGCAUGCCAUUGAGGGUUGCUCCAGCCAGAAUUGCUUGUCUUGAUUUUAAUCUUCAGAAGGCAAAAAUGCAAAUGGGUGUCCAAGUUUUGGUCACUGACCCCAGAGAGUUGGAGAAGAUUCGUCAAAGAGAAGCGGACAUGACAAAAGAACGUAUUCAGAAACUUCUUCAGGCAGGAGCCAAUGUAAUUUUAACUACAAAAGGAAUCGAUGACAUGGCACUCAAGUAUUUUGUGGAGGCUGGUGCAAUAGCAGUGAGACGUGUUCGCAAGGAAGAUCUGCGUCACGUUGCCAAGGCAACUGGUGCUUCUGCGGUUUCAACUUUUGCUGAUAUGGAAGGGGAAGAAACAUUUGAUGCAUCACUUCUGGGACAUGCUGAUGAAGUAGUGGAGGAACGAAUUGCUGAUGAUGAUGUGAUUAUGAUAAAAGGAACCAAAACCUCAAGUGCGGUUUCAUUAAUACUUAGAGGUGCCAACGAUUACAUGCUUGAUGAAAUGGACAGGGCUUUGCAUGAUGCCAUAUGCGUUGUCAAAAGGACUCUUGAAUCUAAUACUGUUGUUGCUGGUGGAGGUGCAGUUGAGGCUGCCCUAUCUGUAUAUUUGGAGAAUUUAGCUACAACUCUGGGGUCACGGGAGCAGUUGGCCAUAGCUGAGUUUGCUGAAGCUUUAUUGAUCAUUCCUAAGGUACUUGCUGUCAAUGCUGCUAAGGACGCUACUGAUUUGGUUGCUAAACUACGAGCUUACCACCACACUGCACAGACCAAAGCAGAUAAAAAGCAUUUGUCAAGUAUGGGUCUGGAUCUGAUAAAUGGUACCGUUCGGAACAACUUGGAAGCUGGAGUUAUUGAGCCUGCAAUGAGCAAAGUGAAACUAGUCUUAACCCAC